AUGGCUGCAUCCCCUGGAGGGAUCCCCACUGAGCUGCAAGAAGGCAUCACCACCUUCCUGGGGACAAAGAAGGUGCUCCUGGUGCUGAGCAUCCAGCUGCAGGUGAAAUCCAAGUAUGAGGACUUUAUCUUGGUCCUGACACCCUGGCGAGCCUAUGUGCUGCCUGUGAUGCUGCCAGUGAGGGUCCACAGCAGCUUCAGCUUCCUGGAGGUGAGGGAGAUGACGGUCCAAGAGCCCAGUGUGGUUGUCAUAGAAACAGAUGCAGCAUCUUAUGCCUUCCGGUUCAUGUCCUUGGAUGAUCUGGAGCAAGUUGUUAUCCAUGUCACCAUGUCACUUAAGAAGGUCUUUCCAGACUCAUCCCUUGGGACGCUGCUCAAGAACUCCCCACCCAGCCUGUACGAGAGGAUCCAGCAGAUCACAGACUCACUGGAGGAAAUGCUGCAGAGCAACCCUGGGCCUUGUGGGGGCUUUUCAGAGACCUACGCUGCUCUGUGUGAUUACAACGGCUUUGCCUUCCGCGAGGAGAUCCAGUGGGAUGUGGACAACAUCUACCACAGCCAGGACUGCCGGGAAUUCAACCUCCUGGACUUCAGCCACCUGGAGAGCAGGGAUGUGGCGCUGAGCGUUGCUGCCUUGUCCUUCAACCUGUGGUUCACCAAGCUCUCCUGCAAGGAUUUCAGGCUGAAUCAGGAGAUUUCAGAGCAGCUGCUCUACAUGCUCAGCAAAUCAGUGUCAUUGGAGGAGCUGGUGCUGGAGAACAGUGGGCUGAAGGCUGACUUUGUGCAGAGGAUGGCCCAGGUGCUCAGCAGCCAUCCCAACUCUGUUCUGCACACCAUCAACCUCUCUGGCAACCAGCUGGAAGAUAGAGGGGUCACUGCCUUCAGCCGGCACAUGGAGAAGAGUUCCAAGGGUCUGCAGAGCCUCAGCUUGGCCAGGACAAUGCUCACAGCAAAAGGGAUGAGCACGUUAUGCAAGGCCCUCACAGAUAACAAAGCCAUUGGAUUCUCCCUCCGGCACUUGGACCUCUCUGGAAACCCUGGCACCCUGGCUGGGGAUGACAUCAGUAACCUGCAGAGCCUCCUCCACCAUUGCCACUCGCUCUCCCACCUUAGCCUGGCUGGCACAGACUGUCCUUUGGAUGCUCUCUUUGGAGCCCUGGUCCAUGGAUCCCACACCAGCCUCAUCCACCUGGAUCUCUCCAAAAACGUGUACUCCCACAAGAGGGUGAAAACCAUCUCCCCUGACAUCAAGGAGUUUUUCAGCCAGGCCUGCUCCCUCAGACACGUCUCCCUGGCAGGUACCAAGCUGCCAGCCGAUGUCGUAAGGGCAUUGCUGCAAGGGCUGGCAGACAACAGUCACAUCAGUGACCUGCACCUGGAUCUUAGCAGCUGUGAGCUGAGAUCAGCGGGGGCCCAAGUCAUCCAGGACCUCAUCCCUGAUGCCAGCUCCAUCAGCCACCUGGACUUGUCUGACAAUGGCUUUGACCCCGACAUGGUGACACUGGUGCUCUCCAUUGGCAGAAGCAAAUCCAUCAGGCACGUCUCCCUGGGGAAAAACUUCAACAUCAAAUCCAAGGAAGGUCUGUUGGAUGUCCUGCACCGCAUUGUUCAGCUCACCCAGGAGGAGGAUUGUCCUCUCCAGUCACUGUCUGUGGCUGAAUCGCGCCUCAAACUGGGAACCAACGUCCUGCUGAGUGCCCUGGGCAGUAACACCAGCCUCGUCUCCCUGGACAUCAGUGGCAAUGCCAUGGGGGACACGGGAGCCAAGAUGCUCGCCAAGGCCCUGCAGAUCAACACCAAGCUCAGGACUGUGGUUUGGGACAGGAACAACACAACUGCCCAUGGACUCCUAGAGGUGGCUCAAGCUUUGGAGAGGAAUUACACGCUCAAGGCGAUGCCGCUGCCGAUGAGCGACGUGGCGCAGGCCUACCGCAGCAACCCCGAGAGGACGGAGGAGGCCGUGCACAAGCUCCAGUCCUGCCUGACAAGAAACCAGCUGCGGCAAACGCUGCCGGCACAGACCUUCCGGCUGCAGCAGGGCAUCCUCACCACCUCUUCUGAACAGAUGGUGAAUGAGAUCUGCCUGAGUGUGCAGAAGCACGUCGACAUCCUCAGCACCUGCACGGGCAGGGAGGUGGAGACGGACAUCCUCUGUGCUGAGGAGGCCAUCAGAAACGCCAACCUCUCCGUCAGUAUCCUGCCCCUCUUGUAUGAGGCAGGAAACACCCCCUACCAGAAUGGCAAGCUGCAGCACAAGCUGGAGUGUCUCACAGAGGAAGCAUCACAGACCUGCAGCCGGGAAAUCCAGGCAAUCAUGCAGGCAGUGCUGGACACGGCCCACAGCCUGUGCCCAGCUGUGGUGCAGAAGAGCGGGGUCAGGGAUCAGCUGGUCAAUGCCAUGUCAGAGAGGAUCUGCCUCCAGGACCACCUCAGCCUCAGCACUGUCCUGGACCAGAUGGUCACUGAUGUCUUCAGCAAGCUGAAUGAGAUCAAGCUGUCCGUCACAGCCGCUGUAGCCGACUGCAUCGUGGAUGCCGUGCUGGGAGACCUGACCAUUGCCCAGUGCAAACUGGCAGAGAGCCUCUCCAAGCAGGGGCUCGACCUCCUGGUGCUGCUGCCGGAGUCGGCUGAGGACGAUGCCACCGCGCUGGCCAGGGGCAGGAAUCCUCCAGACCUCGCCGCAGAGGAGUACAAGAUGGCCCUGCGGAGGAGAAACAAGCAUUUCAGGAGCAUUCGGCCCACACCAACUGUGAGAAGUAAGGUCACCGCGGAACUCCCCGCCGCGCCGCCGGCACGCCCUGCCUCCACAAAGGAUGCUGAGCCUGCGAGCGGCUCGCUCCCCGCCACGCAGCCUGCCACCGCCACCGGAAUCCUUAUGGACCUGCCGACCGCCGGCGAGAAGCUGGAGCAUUGCACCAAAGCCAGGCCCCGGCCCAACCGCCGGCACAAGCAGCCGCCCAGCAAGCCGAAUGUGCAGCCCGUGGCCUGUGAGAACAGCGAGGACAGGAGCAUCACCCGCGUGGACGAGGGGCUGGAGGACUUCUUUGCCAAGAAGCUCACCUUUUCCAAUGCUUCAUCUCUCCCCAGCCCCACGACUCCGGAGACCUGCCUGGGAUCAGCCCCUCUGGCUCCCUCUGGUUCCCGCACCCUCAAGAAGAAAAUUGGGAAUUUUUUUGCCUUCAAGAAACCCAAAUCCAGCCGGGGCUCAAGGUGUGAGAAGGAGCCUGAGGGUGGUCCCACCGCCCCUAGGAGCAGGCGUUUGAUGCUCAGUGACAUUUUACGAGCCCCCAGCAAGGCAGGCGAGUCAGGGAAGCCCCUGAGUAAAUCAGAGGAGGGGGGGCUCUCUGCCGAGCCCCACGCAGAGCCUGAGCACUGCCAGACCCCUGACUCUGCCCGGAGGAUCCGGCCCAAGUACUCUCGGGAGGGCAAAUCCCAGUCACUCAUCUUGCUGUCUGGGGAGGACGAGGAUGCGCUGGGGGUCAGGCAUGACAAGAAGAGGCACCUGGAGAAGAGCGAAGGGGAGUUGUCCAGCUCCUUUGAGCAGCGCAUGCAGGUCAUGCUCCAUCGCAUUGGCGUCACCAAGGGCCCGGCUGCUGAGAGCAAGAAGCAGCAGAACAAAGACAGCGAGAUCAAGAAAGCCGGUUCCGAUGGGGAUAUCGUGGACAGCUCUGCAGACUCUCCCCCAUCCCUGAAGGCCCGCACACAUUCCGUGUCCACAGACGCACCCUUCCGCAGCCCAGCCGCCAGGACGGAGCCCGGCGCCGAGCCCCGGCCAGCCUGGAAAGCCCUGGGAAGGCAGCUGCCCGCUGAGCCACCGGCCACCAGCUCUGACCAGCCCCGGCGCUCCUUCACCCUAGCAGAGCCCAGCGGGCUGCCAGAGCCCGGGGGCCGGGAGGGCUGGAGCAGCAGCCUGCCACGGUUGGGCAGGAACGUGCCGGCGGCACUGCCACGGAGGGUCAGCCAUGGUGGGGAGGUGGGUGCUGGCACCCUGCCCACCCUGCCCACACCGCCCAAUACUGAAGACAACCGGCUGAUGGCACGGCUGGCAGCGCCACGGGGGACCAGCCGCCGAGCAUUGUCCGUCCAUGAGGAGCAGCUCAGGGAGCCCGAGUGCCCGGCAGAGCUGGGAAUGGGCACCGUUCCCCUGCGCCUGCGGCGUUCGCCUGUGCUCAGGCACAGGACCAAGCACGAGUCCCUCUCAGAGAUGGAGGGUGAGCCUGGACCAACCUCGGAUGCCGAAGGUGCCACGCUGCAGGACUGGCCCAGUGCCGGGCUGGAGGAGCCGCAGGCUGGCACAGGCACUGAGGGUGAGCAGCCACAAGCCCUGGCACAAACUGUUGGGAAUGCACAAGACUCAGCUGCUGUAGACCAAAGAUGCCCAGUGCCGGGCCAGGAGGAGCCGGCCCUGGGACAGUGAAGCCCCUGCAUGUCACCACGCUGCUCCCAGUAAAACCCUGCAAGCAAGUGCGCCGUGCCGGGGUGCUUGGCAGAGAGAUGCAGAGAGGAUAGACGGGGCACCAGGCUGGCAUGGAUGUGCCAAUGAUGGCAUCGCCCAAUUUUCAACAUGGGGGCAGCCAGGCCACCAGCAUCACCCAGGAUGCCCAGGGACUGUCAGAGCCUGCAGGCUGCAUCCAGUGGUGCUGCAGUCCCCAGUGCCCUCUGUUGCUGUGGGCUGCAGCGGGGGAGCCGGUGAUUUUCGCAGCCAGCUAUUUUUAGGAAGCGUUCCCAAGGCACUUUCACCACUCCAGCUCCUGACCCCAUGGGGUACCGCUCUCUCCAGCCCCCACCAGACACAGGCUUCCAUCAGUGGGACCACGACCCACCGCCUUUCAGCACGCAGCUCCAUCCCCGCAGCUCCCUGACGGCACCAGCGUGAUCCUGACACCCCAGUGGCUUUCUCCUGUGUUGCCCUCUGCUCUGGACCAAACGCAUUCCUUACACAGAUGUUUACGACAAAGCAAGAUGCUUGUUUUGGUUUUUUUGUUUGUUUGGUUUUUUUUAAUACAAGAGCUGUGUAUUUAAAAAAUAUACAAUUUUUAAUUUCUACAGCAUAACCCUGCAGGAUAUUUUUUGUAAUAAACAGUGCAGGACCCUACCUAAACUUAUUCAAUAAACCAUCCAUGCUCCUG